AUGCAGCCUUCCCCACGUUGGAUAGCCUCGACAUCAUCAAAUUCGUAUGUAUCCCGAGGCCGUUUGACCAUCUAUCUCUUCUUCACCGUCCUCCAGUACGCGAUCUGGCCUCCCAGCGUCGGUUUCGUCUGCGCCACCAGAAUUAGCGGCGCAAUCAUCAUCCUUGUCAGCGCUGGCCGUCGUCAAAACCAGUCGUCGGAUGCUGAGUAA